AUAAUUUGUUUCUUCAAUUAAACUCUGGUGCCUUUAGAGUCUCACAAUUUAAAUGAAUUCUCAACUGUUUCUAAUCUCUUGUUUUUCUUUGUUGUUGUGAUUUUUUUUCCUCUAAUUUUGUAAACAAUUAGAUUGAUUACUUAUGAUUAGUAAAUUAUGUCAUCUUUAAAAGAUUUAACAAUUGAUGUAGAUAUUGAAAGUCUAUCUAAACAGGAAUUAAUUUCUCGUGUUAGAAAACUCGAAGCAAACGUCCGACAAUUAAGAGGUAUUAUUAAAAAGCGACACUUGAUUCCAAGCCAUGGUUCCAAUGUAAAAAAUUGUGACAAUCAAGAUGAAGAUAAAUCACCAGUUACCAAGAUACGAAAGUGUCGACAAUUUGAUUUUAACCGUUACCAUAAACGUCACAUUGUUUUGAAAUUUCUUUACCUUGGAUGGGAUUACCAAGGAUUCGUGGUGCAAGAGGAUACAAAUCAAACGAUUGAAGAUCAUUUAUUUGCGGCAUUAAUUAAAACCCGAUUAAUUGAAGAUCGAACCAAUUCAAAUUACCAUAGAUGUGGACGAACUGAUAAAGGUGUCUCAGCAUUUAGUCAAGUUAUUUCAAUUGAUGUUCGAAGUAAAUUAAACGAUGGACUUGGUCUAAUUAAAAAUGCUAACGUUCAAUGUCCAGAAAUGGGCCAAAGUCAAUCAACAAUCAACGAUGAAGAGGAGAUUGAUUAUUGUGGCAUUUUGAAUAAAGUUUUACCCAAUGAGAUACGAUGUAUAUCAUGGGCACCGGUACGACCAGAAUUUAGUGCUCGAUUUGAUUGUAAGGGAAGAUGUUAUUAUUACUAUUUUCCAGCCUCGAAUUUGGAUAUUGGUAAAAUGACCGAAGCCGCUCAAUACCUUGUGGGUACUCACGAUUUUACCAAUUUCUGUAAAAAAGACACAAGUAGAAAGGAGAUCAACAAUAUAAGGACCAUCCAAAGUGUUAGAAUAUUUCCCGCUUCUGAUCAAUCAAAUAAUCUAUCAGGUUAUUCAAUUUAUAUCGUUGAAAUUGCCGCUAGUGGUUUCCUUUGGCAUCAGAUACGCUUUGUUAUGUCCAUUUUAUUUUUGAUCGGCGAGGGUCGGGAAGAGGUCACUUUGGUACAAAAAUUACUUGACGUUAAGACUAUAACCAGUAAACCUCAAUACAUGUUAACCUCGGAUUUUCCGUUAAUUUUGUUUAAAACUUUUUGGAAUCCUGAUGAUAUUGGAAAUUGGAAUUUCUCUGAAACAACAAUCAAAGAAUUGAUUAAACAUUUACAAUCAUUAUGGACUCGAGAAUCAGUUAAAUGUUCAAUGAUUCGUUCAAUUAUUGACCAAUUAACUUAUGACCAUCUAAAACAAAACAAUCAAAUUAACUUUCAACAUAAUGUGUUAAUCAAUGAGCUGGCUACUAAAUCAUAUAAAAAUAUCUUGGAACGACCUCGAUGUGGAAAUGUAGAGGAAAAUAUUAAAUUCUCAGAUAUAAUUACUAACUAAUUAUAAUUGAUCACAUUGACCAUAAUCACGUUAAGUUUAUAAUGAAUACCCUUUUUAUAAAUUUUCAAUAAUUUCAUGCAGAUUAAAAUUGACUAAAAUACAAACUUUCAAUUUUUUUGGACGAUUUGUUAAAAUUUUUCUUACCACAAGCGAUG